GUGACUAUAAUUAUAUACUCAUCACUUAUAUUAGUACUACUCACCCUAGUAUAUCCUCUCCUAAAAACACUAUACCCUAAUCAAAAACUAGAGCUCUCAAAAAUAACCAAAACUGCUGUAAGUUCCGCAUUUUACAUUAGCCUUCUACCACUUAUGAUUUACUUAAACCUAAAAACAGAAGGAAUUAUCAUAAACUGACAAUGAAUACAAAUCCAAACACUAAACAUAGACAUUAGCCUAAAAUUUGAUUUCUACUCAUUAAUCUUUGUCCCACUCGCCCUGUUCAUCACUUGAUCAAUUCUAGAGUUUGCACUAUGAUAUAUACACUCCGACCCAAAUAUUAACCAAUUCUUUAAAUUCUUACUAAUAUUCCUACUAGCUAUAAUUACCCUAGUAACAGCAAACAACUUGUUUCAACUAUUCAUUGGCUGAGAAGGAGUAGGAAUUAUAUCAUUCCUCCUCAUCGGAUGAUGACACGGACGAGCAGACGCCAACACAGCAGCGAUCCAGGCUAUAAUAUAUAACCGAGUAGGAGACAUCGGGCUAAUCUUAACUAUAUCCUGAUUCGCAAUAAAUCUAAACUCCUGAGAAAUUCAACAAGUCUUUAUAGCAUCAGAAAACAUCGACAUAACCCUGCCCAUGCUGGGAGUGGUCCUAGCAGCCAUAGGAAAAUCAGCUCAAUUCGGCCUACACCCAUGACUUCUUUCUGCCAUGGAGGGCCCCACACCAGUAUCCGCCCUACUGCACUCUAGUACCAUAGUAGUUGCAGGAAUUUUCUUAUUAAUCCGCCUUCACCCAUUAAUAGAAAACAACCAAUUAACCCUAACAACCUGCCUAUGCCUAGGCGCAUUAACUUCACUGUUUACAGCCACCUGCGCUCUGACCCAAAAUGACAUCAAAAAAAUCGUAGCCUUAUCAACAUCAAGUCAACUAGGGUUAAUAAUAGUUACCAUUGGACUCAACCAACCACAACUAGCUUUCCUUCACAUCUGUACCCAUGCAUUCUUCAAAGCCAUACUUUUCCUUUGCUCCGGAUCAAUUAUCCAUAGCUUAAAUGGCGAACAAGACAUCCGAAAAAUAGGAGGCUUAUUCCACACCAUGCCAACUACCGCAACCUACUUCACAAUUAGCAGCCUGGCCCUUAUAGGAACCCCAUUCCUAGCAGGAUUUUUCUCAAAAGACGCAAUUAUUGAAGCCCUAAAUACCUCCCACUUAAACGCCUGGGCCCUAGUCAUAACACUAAUUGCCACAUCAUUCACUGCAGUUUAUAGCUUUCGAUUAAUUUACUUCGUUACAAUAGGAACCCCACGACUCUUACCAAUAACACCUAUUAACGAAAACGACCCCUUAGUAAUUAACUCAAUCAAACGACUUGCCUGAGGAAGUAUUGUAGCAGGCUUUAUUAUUACACAAAAUUUUCCACCAACAAAAACCCCAAUCAUAACCAUACCAAUUCUAAUAAAAACAGCAGCCAUCAUCGUAACCAUCUUAGGUUUAAUAAUAGCAUUUAAACUAGCCGACAUGACAAAUAAACAAGUAAAAGUUAUCCCGGUCAUCAAAACACACCACUUCUCAAACCUAUUAGGAUUCUUCCCAACAAUAAUUCAUCGAAUCCUACCUAAACUUAAACUUACACUAGGCCAAACAACCGCAACCCAACUCGACAAAACUUGAUUAGAAACCGCCGGACCUAAAAGCCUAUCACUAAUACAAAUAAGCAUAUCAAAAAUUAUAAAUGACAUAGCCCAAGGAAUAAUCAAAACAUACCUAGCCAUCUUUGCCCUAACCCUAAUACUAGCUAUCAUCCUAAUAAUCCUUUAA